CUCAGUUCGCCAUGGUGGAGGAGUUGGCUUUCCUCGUGAAGGACAAUCUUCCAUGUAAGCAUCUUGUACUUUCGAUGGAGGAGGCCUUGGUCAACUUCCUUCAGGAUGAUAACAGCACUGAUGGGGUCCUUGAGUUGGAACCAAUGAACUCCUACAGUCGUCUUCUCUUGCAUAGAUUGGCAGAUAUAUUUGGAUUUGCCCAUGAAUCUGUCGGUGAAGGAGAUGAUCGACACUUGAUUUUAGAGCGAUGCCCUGAGACUUCAAUACCAUCCAUUCUUGUUAGUGAUAUCUUGUGGCAGUAUGGAGAGCCUGAGCUCGUCACCACAUCUCACCAAUUAUUGAGGAGGAAAGAGGCUCCACCAGUGUUGAGCUCUCAAUCUCCCUCUGUUGAACAUACCUUUGAGGAGAGAGAAGCCGCAUAUUUGGCUGCUCGUGAAAGAAUUUUUUCAAUGGAUGUGGGAGCAGUAAGAGAACCUGUUAGGCAGAAGCCACGAAAUGUUCCGGACGUUGCUCGGCGAAUGAUUGCACAUGCGUUGGGCCAAAAAGUAAAAUCUGGGAAUCAAGCUGAUGUUAUUAGAGACGACAAAGAAUCUGCACAACUAGCCAAUGAAGUUAACACUCAAAACAAUGAUAAAGCCAGACCCAAUUCAAGUUUAGAAGCUCAUCAGGAAACCACUUCCUCACCAGUACGAAAUACGAAUGUUCGUGGUAAACCAAAGGGCAAUCUCCAAAAAUGUAGAACGCCAUCACAAAGCGAUAGAACUACACCGCAAGAACCAGCUGAAAAGCAUCACACCGAUGUCAGUGUAUCUGGGAAUGGAAGAAGUAAAACCAGCGUCAGCAAAGAGUACUCCAAGGAGGAACAUUUGGGAGCUGCAAAGAGAAUGUUUGCUCAAGCCUUGGGUUUACACUCAGCCAAAGAUGGUUUCCAUUUGAAAAGCAAUGAGACCAAGCAACUUGGCUCAUAGUAGAUGUUUUAUUCAAUGUUUCAAGGAAUCAAUUAUUGUGCGCACUGAUGAAAUUUUCAAAAGCCUUUUGCUGAUAUUUACUAGCUGAGGGGAAUGAAAGGGGAAAGAAUCAAAGCUCCAAAGGACUCUUCUGGCUGCUGGCAUCUUCUGUGAUUUGCUUGCGGGCAUUUUUGCAGCCAGAGCUUGUUGAAGCCAUCCCCAAAAUGUGAGUCAGCUUUUCCUGGCAUCGUUAUAGUAUUGGCUUGAUAAAGUUAUCGAAAUAGCUAUGAUGUUAGAAUGGUAACAUGUACCAGUCAUCCUUUAUGUAUUAUUAAAGUGAUGUUGUAUACAGUUCGAUGUUUUAUAACUAAUUUUAAGUUAUAUUUAAUAUGCAUUGUAGAUUAUGGAAAUACUAUUAGUUUCUGUAAUGUUAUCUUCAUUUUGUUCUUAAUGAGAACAAGCUCAAUAUCUG